UUCUUGAAUUUUACACACUCCUCACUUGCUCCCUCCUCCUUCGCCCGCCGCCCCUGAACCCAACCGGCCGUUCGGGGGUCGUGUCAGUUCUCGGUUCCCCUCAUAUUUCGCCCAUCGCCUAGAUUUCUAAACGCGCCGGCCUCGACCGAAUGUGCGACUCGACUUGUCGACCUCUUCCCGGACUCCAUGCGUUCAGCUCGUGACCCAUUGGAUGACAGAGACCCUCCAUUGUUCGAGGACGGUUGCGCAGCGUACGUUGGAUGCCGACGUCUGCAAGGUAACAUUUUCUGCCGAGUAUAUGUGUACAUGUGUGUGCGUGUGCCCGUCUGCGUCCUGCGUGUUUUGUAGCGACCGCUCUUGAGAGUGCCGCUGCUGUCCGAUUUUCAUCGUGCGUUUCCGAACAAGAUGGAGUCCGAAGGUUCAAAUGGACCCAAACGGAACUCCAUACAUCAAGGUUUUUACAGUCGCCCCGUGGAACGGCGUGCAAGCAAAAAAUCGUCCUCCAGGGACCGGCAUGGCAUGGUUUACCCCGAAAGCUUCAGAGAUACAGGCAUCCGUACGGUAACGCCAGACUCGGCCGCUGAGACCGCAAACCAUUCUCCUCUGUCGGACGCGGAGCACCUCUCUUCAAGCGCAGCCCCGUCGCCUCGUAUGACCGCCAGAACAAGACCCUCCAAUUUAGACACUCGCCGCGACUUCCAACCCUAUCAUCCGCCGGGCGACGAAGAAGAGCUCCAAGUGGAAUCUAAGAACCAACGGGCGCGAUCUCGGACCACCACCCUGGAGGAUCAGCGCAGUGAGCUCUCCCCGAAUUCAUUUUUUCUCAAGUCGCGGAGCCGGUUAGGCUCCGUCAAUGCCGCAACUCCUCAGUCAAGGCACUCAGACGAACCAACUGGCUCGAUCGGCUAUCCAUCAAUACAAUCACCUACCUAUCUGAGCCAAACCCUCGGGCGUCAUCGGGUCAGUCGAGCCUCGGGGAGCUCAAGCUUCCUGGCGAGUGUCGCUUCCAAUCCGCCUCCUUCACCUUUGUCGAGUACCGAUUCUGCGAAGAUUUUGCAGUUAAUGAAGACCACAUGCGGGAGAAUGCAUGGCAUCCUUUCCUUCCGCACCGCCUCCACCACCGCUUGGACGUCCGGCUACUGCGCCAUCAAUGUUGCUACAGGAAGUUUAAUUUACCAGGCCAAGGGGGAGCCUGCGUUAGCUAAGACGUUGAUUCCGGACCUUCGUGGCUGUCAGGUCCGCUCCCUUGUCGACCCGGAGCUUCGGACAAAUUAUCUCAGUGUAUCCACGUUUACCUCGGGGCUUGGAGUGGAAUUAAGGCCUCACGUAAGCGAAACGUUCGAUUCAUGGCUCGCAGCCUUGCUUUGCUGGCAGCCGAUCCGGCCCAAAGGCGUUCAGAAUAAGAUGACCAAACCCCAAUCGGUUGCGAUAGGCGAUCGUCGACUUGCCGACCGUAGAAGAAACUCCGAAAGCACGGUUCAGAAGGAGGCAGCCAUUAUCAAAGUGGGUAAAAUGCUCCUAUGGGAUAGGCCGAAUGCCUCAGGUCCACGGCCUUCGUCUGGUCGCCGAGUGUCAACAUAUCGCCAGCAACGCGCGCUCUCCUCAGCCUGGCAAAGAGUCAGCUGCACGCUGCAGGAAAACGGCGUUUUCAAACUCUUCACCGAAUCUGAUAUCACUUUUGUCAGCUGCAUCCAAUUAUCUCAGCUUUCCCGCUGUGCUGUGCAACGGUUAAACUCGUCCGUUUUAGAAGACGAGUUCUGUAUCGCCAUAUAUCCGCAAUAUGCGGCUCACUCAGUGUCGGGGUUGACGCGUCCAGUGUAUCUAGCCCUCGAAAGUCGGGUGCUAUUUGAAGUAUGGUUCGUUCUUUUGCGCGCCUUCACAAUCCCAGAACUAUACGGCCCUGAAACGUCGAUCGAAGACAAUCCGGUGAAGUCUCCAGGGUCCGAUGCUGCCGCAGCCUCUAUUGCGGACAUGUUCCGGAUUGAGAGGAUGCUCUCCGUGAGAGUGACCGAAGCAAAGUUAUUCCGUGGCAGGUCGGCCGAGGAGGCCCCUCGAAGUCGCAAGCAGUCCCGCUCUCAUAGCAAUUCGACCCCAACGGGCGCCGUGAACGAUUAUUAUACCGACAUCUUGCUCGACGGCGAGAUUAGAGCCAAAACUGCCGUCAAAUACCGCACGGCGAACCCUUUUUGGCGAGAAGAUUUUACUUUUAACGACCUCCCACCGGUCUUGUCUCAAGUUUCGAUACUCAUCAAGACCCCCAAUCCAACCCAAAAGGACUGGUCGCUCAUUUCACAUGGAUCGUAUGCCUUGAGCCAGGAUACCUACCCCAUGCGCGUGUUGGAUGAUGUCGAGAUAUCCUCUCAUGACGCAACCUUCGGGAGGGUAGAACUUCGACUGGAUGACUUGGAGCCGGGCGUGGAGAUUGAGAAGUGGUGGCCGACCCUAGAUGAUCGAGACCAACCCGUAGGCGAAAUGCUGAUGAGAGCUCGGAUGGAGGAAACUGUCGUUCUCAUGUCUCAUGAAUACACUCCAAUGUCCGAGCUUCUCCAUUCCUUCACCAACGGACUUACUAUCAACAUGGGCCAGAUUCUAUCUUCUGAACUUACGCUUCUCUCCGAGGCAUUGUUGAACAUAUUUCAGGUGUCAGGGACCACCGUGGAGUGGAUAUCAGCCUUGGUGGAAGAUGAGAUUGAUGGACUUCACAAGGAGUCCACCGCAAACCGGCUUAGAUAUACUACGAGGAUCCAUUCCAAUGAUACAAGAGAAUCCGGACAGGAUAGAGAAGUCCUCGUAAGGGAUUUGGGGCGAACCGCAACCGUGGAGGCCAAUCUCCUUUUCCGAGGGAACUCCCUCCUCACAAAGGCGCUAGACUACCAUAUGCGUAGACUGGGAAAGGAAUAUCUUGAAGAAACGAUCGGGGAGCGCCUACGUGAUAUAGACGAGAGUGAUCCCGAAUGUGAAGUUGAUCCUUCUCGCGUGCACCGUUCGGAUGACCUGGAACGCAAUUGGAGGAAUCUGAUCUCCCUCACUACCAGCGUCUGGAAAUCGAUCUCGGGCUCCGCAUCGCGAUGCCCUGCCGAGCUGAGACUUAUAUUUCGACAUGUCAGGGCAUGUGCGGAAGAUCGUUACGGCGAUUUUCUCCGCACUGUCACCUAUAGUAGCGUCUCGGGCUUUUUGUUUCUGCGAUUCUUUUGUCCGGCAAUCCUUAACCCGAAGCUCUUUGGAUUGCUCAAAGACCAUCCUCGCCCUCGAGCCCAACGCACUUUGACCCUGAUUGCGAAAGCUUUACAAGGAUUGGCCAACAUGACUACAUUCGGAAGCAAGGAGCCUUGGAUGGAGCCCAUGAACAAGUUCCUGGUUGGUAAUCGUGCCGAAUUCAAGCAAUUCGUGGAUUCGAUUUGUGCGAUACCCGCCGACCGACCAACUCCAAUCGUCACUCCUUCUUAUGCGACUCCAAUUCAAAUCCUCGGCCGUUUGCCUCCCACAUCACGAGAAGGGUUUCCCAGCCUUCCUUACUUAAUAGACCACCCACGAAGCUUUGCGACUUUAAUACGGAUAUGGCUCGAAGUAGCACCUGAGAGGCUGCAUGAUGCGGGGGAUCUCGACCCGGCGAUCAAGAAAUUCCAUGAAAUGGCGCUUCACCUCGACCGGCGAACCAAGGAAUGUUUGAGUAAGGCUGAACAAGCCGAGCGCCCAAGCGGAGACCUUGAGGUCAAGUGGGAAGAACUAGUCGAUUCUAUGGAACGGUCGGCCACUUUCUAUGAGGAGAGCUCCAAACCCACUACCCCGGCCACUGAGACGGCAAUUGCGGGAUCUGCGACUGUUGCUGGAAGUCACCGAAACUCAAUCGGUUACUUUGCUUCACGGCCUUCCCUCCCUCGCCGGUCUACUGACUAUGCCGCCGACGGCGAUGAUGACACCCCUCCAAGCUCUUCGUCGGCUACAUGGGACCAAAGCCGCGUGCCCUUCUCUAUACCGCGAUGGUCCGACACCCGUGAGAGCACCGGCAGUUCCAAGAAUUCUUCUACAUACUCUCUUGAAUAUCCUGACUCGUCCAAACCUCGGAGGUCCAGUAUAACCAGAGAGACGACGAGUAAGUACCGUUUUUUCGAUUUCGUUCCCGCUACCUCUAGACGCCGAGCCAAGGAUCGAGAUCAUGCUCAGCAACAUUCUCGUGAAGAACUCCGAAACGAGUUUUGACGGAAUCUGACGACAGCCUUGACUAUUUUCCUUGGCUACCUCAUCUAUAUAUCAUUCUUGCAUAUCUACACUUCAUGACACCGAUACAUGGCGGCAUGGUUGUUGCAUGCGAUUACCUUAACCUUUUUGCUUUCUAGCUCCCCUUAUAGGGGUUGCCGAUUCUCUUUCAUUUGGAUUGCGUUUUGACUUCGGUUUGGGCGACCGUGGAGGCUGAAAUGAUCGCUCAUUAAAAAUUUAGCAGGCGGCAACGGUUUUGUAUAACACGGCGGAUCUGUGCGAACAAAUCCCUGCAUCUUCUGGUGUACAUUCUUCCUUUUCCCCUACACAUGUGCUCAUGACUUGACGCGUUUCCCUUCUACUUCUCCCGAUUUUUGGAAAGCAUUUGUCAUGGUGUUGAUACCCUGCUCUGAUUGCUGUUUUUGACGUGGGAAGCAAGAGAUCCUACGAGCAACGUUGGAUGUGAUAUACCAUUGUCCUGGGUUGCUGUGAAUGGCAAGGGUCUUGCUAAACCGGGAUGUUGCAAAAAAAAAACAGUGUCUCGAUUUGUGUAAAUAGUGUUUUCUCCCUUCGUUUUUUCUUCAUAUUCUUUUGGCAUAGAUGAAAUGAAUAUCCAAUUUACGUGGAUAGACCACUAC